UCCGGUGAAGGCCAAACCGAGAGGAUGCUGCUCUUCUGCCCGGCCUGCGGGAACGUCCUGGUGGCCGAGGAGGGCCCGCGCUGCCACCGCUUCGCCUGCACGACGUGCCCCUACGUCCGCAACGUCACGCGCAAGGUGACGAGCCGGCGCUACCCGAAGCUGAAGGAGGUGGACGACGUGCUGGGCGGGGCCGCGGCCUGGGAGAACGUGGACUCCACGGCAGAGCCUUGCCCCAAGUGUGAACACCCACGCGCCUUCUUCAUGCAGCUGCAGACGCGCUCUGCUGACGAACCCAUGACCACUUUCUACAAGUGUUGUAGCCCCCAAUGCGGGCACCGAUGGCGGGAUUGAGGAAUCAGGGGCUUUGUUGGCUUGAGCCUGGGUCUUUCCACAAACCUACCUUUGUCACCAAAUACACAUCCAGAGUACGGUAAACAACUCUUGCGGUUUGGUGAAUGUUUGUCAUACCCACGUACGGCGUAUUGGAAAAUAUCUGCACCCAAAUGUGAAUCUCCAUGAACGCAUGGAGACCACCUUUUGAAAAUCACUAGCCAAUAAAAGCAUGACCUUGUUAGAAGUAAA